AUGGCACCUUUUUUACCAAAACUUCAAACAAUAAAAAUACAAGUUGUAAACACUUUAUGGGCAGAUAGUCAAGAUUUCAACAUAGUUGGACUAAGUGACUCCUUGUGGAGCAAGCUGUCGCGUCAUAUCUUGACACCUCAGAGUGAAGCCAAUGUUAUCAAUGGCUUCAAAUCGGUCAUUUCGAUAUCAAUUACUCCACGAGACGUCAGCCAGACUAGCUCGAAUUUAUUAAAACCUAAACCAGAGAAUACUUGGAUGAAACCCUUGAUUACAUCUAUAGUCACAUUUGCACAAUUGCAUCAUUCAGAGAUAUUUGGAGAGGCGCCGGAUUACCACACGUGUUUCGUCUCUCGAUUAUUUGCCAAACAGCAUAAUUUAGUCGAUGGAAUUGAAGUUGAUAUCGACAUCACUCAACCAAUUGAAUUGGAGGAG